AUGCAGGUAAGUGCCCUCCAUAUAUUUGCGCACCAUGUCCCUUGUGAAGUUGCAUCUGUGAUUCACCCCUGUUCUGUGAAUAGAAACACAGGGUUGCUGGUGCCACAUGUCUGCUAUGUUAAUGUUGACAUCGGCUUCCCUUCACUGAGUGGCAUGGCCUGUGUACAGGAGUGUCUGCCACUGAAGAUACUGACAAAGGGUCACAUGAAAUCGAAGGCCAUUCUUUGCACAGGAUGUGUACUGUACCUGGCGUUGGCUAUGGUGCAGCCUGCCGUGUCUCAGGCCGACGGCGUGGGUGGUGGCCAGGCCAUGACAGUGACAACCUGCCCUGAGCUACUCAACGCCCUGGACAACAUGUCAGUAGAUAGUGUGGUGGUGGAAGGGCACAUCGUUUGCUCCGUUGGGGAGGAGGUUUUGGUUGAUCGACGGGUGUCAGUGUCUGGACAACGCGAUCAGGAUGCUUAUGAUUCCAUAGACUUCAUGGGAGACAGCUGCAUGAUAAGGGUCACGGAGAAAUCUUCGCUGGACUUCUCCAAUCUGCUGCUCCUUGAGAACGGUCCAGAGGCGGGGUUGUUGUGCAGCGAAGUGCUGCCAAGUCCCACUGUUGCAUUCAGGAAUGUGUCAUUUGGUAUGAAGUCGUGUGAGUGGUUGAGUGACUCGUCACAGCAGGUGUGUCAGCUGCAAGAGGACGUGCUAUAUGCUGAAAACACGGAACUUGCAGGUUUGGACCUGGGAUACAGCUACGAUUUAGAUAUUGCCCAUUGCACUUUCUUCUGUGGGGUGGCAACUGCUGAGGAGAUCAUCGACCAGAAAACUGACCUGCCUGUGACCUGUGAGUCAAGGACUCGCAAGCCUGGGACGUUGAACGCAACGGUUGUGGGAUAUGUGGUUGGCUUUGUCGUCCCUAGCCUUGUCGUGCUGGUGGGUGUGGUGGCUGUGCUCAUAAAAACAGGGCGGCACAAACUGAUUUGGAGGAAGCUGGACAAGUUCCGGGGGCCUGCUGGUGGCAACUCUUGGAACUCGUUCUUGGAGCUUGCAGACGCCAAGGGACAUGCAGUAGGCAGUUCGCCAGGGUCGGCCACUUCUGCCACGCCUGUGCGCCUGUCACUGCCACAGAGGCGCAGCGAUGCUGUCAGCAGCAGCAGCACCAGCAGCCACAACAGUGGCAGUGGCAUUGAUCUUGGCAGUGGUGGUGAUGGUGGCAGUGGCAGCAUCAGUGCCAGCCCCAAGGAGCCCCCACUGUGGCACUGUGUCAGUGUGCAUGAGAUCACCCUCAAGGAGCCAAUGGGCAAGGGCCAGUUCAGUACGGUGUACAGGGGGGAAUACAAGGGCACGUCGGUGGCUGUCAAGAUGGUUGAGCAUGAAGGGCGGCUACUGGACUGUGGGAAGGUUCCCCUGGAGGUCCAACUGACCAAGGACAUCGCUCACCCCAACAUCGUGUCACUGCUGCUGGACAGGACACAGAAGCGAAGUACGCACAUCAGCGGGAUGUUCACAUCCACAGGCCUGGUUGAUACUGGAAUGUUUGGCAGCGGGGAGUCCAUGCUUGGUCUGACGGCCGUGUCAAACACGACGCUUGGGGAUGCUAUGUCCAUGACGGGUAUGUCGCAGACAGCGAUGUCCAUUGGGGGCUUGUCCAUCGGAGGCUUGUCCAUGACUGGACUGUCACAGACGACGAUGGGGGCCCAAUCGGUGACGCCAACCAUGACAGCGAUGUCGCAGACAACACUGGGGGACGUGUUCAGCGAGAUUGAAAUGCGGCAGCAAGAUGAGCGUGGGCGUGAGACAGGCGGGGAGUAUGCAGCGUAUACAACCUGGAUUGUGAUGGAGUACUGUGACAGGGGUUCACUAUCGAAUGCACUGUACAAGCACAUUUUCUGUCCCCCUGGGAAAGAUGCCAAGCCAAACAUGGCACACAUCCUGUUGACGGCCAUGGAUGUCGCAGCAGCUAUGCGUUAUUUGCACAUGAAGGGCAUCAUCCAUGGUGAUCUCAAGGCACAGAACUGCCUGCUGAAGACUGAUCGCAGUGACACCCGUGGGUUUGUUUGCAAAGUGGGUGACUUUGGCUUCAGCAGGAAGAUCGGCAUGAACACACACAUCGAGACGUUCACAUGUGGCACCGUCAGCCACCAGCCACCAGAGCUCCUGCGAGAUGGCAUCCUCACACCGGCAGCUGACGUUUACUCCUUUGGGCUGCUGAUGUGGCAGAUGGUUAUGGGCAAGGCACCAUAUGCAAACAUGAACAACCAGAGGAUUCUUGUGAGUGUUGUGGAUGGUCGACGGCCUCCCCUCCCAGAGAACUGUCCCCUCAGCUACAACCUCCUGAUGACAGACUGCUGGCAAGAGAACCACAGGGAGCGACCAGGCUUCGAGCAAAUCUUGGAUCGCCUAGGUGAUAUACUCAGUGCAUGGAGUCCCGAGGACCACAAGUCCACUUCCGAGUCACCUGAGGCCCUUGCUGUGGACUCUGGCGCGGAGAGCUUCAGGCUCCCUGUUCCUCGACCCACAGGACCUUGGAACUAUGACAUGGAUCGCAGGGGAGCUGUCUCCCCAGACGGGCUGAUUUGGAACCCAACGUCUCCGAGCAAGGGCAAGGGGAUAGCAGCGACACCUGUCUUUCCCCCCUCACAGGGUGGCCCGAGACCAGUCCAGCCGAUGAGCCCAGGAAGCCUCCUUCAACGCUUCGAUGGCUACAACCCGCUGUACCUGUCAUCUUCAGACGUCAAGAUGCCGGAUCCGAACGCCGAAACGCCUACAAAGAGUGAUUGCAUAGUGGGCUCCUUAAAGCAGCCUCAGGCACUGACAAAGACCACCAGUGAGGCCAUGCCUGUUGGUGCAGAACAGAAAGGAUCCAAGUAUGGGACGUUCAUAUUCACCACGCCACGGUCGUGA